AUGGAUUCUGGUGCUCUCCUCGAAGUCCUCCGUUCGUGUCGAGCAGUCUACCACCAGGACCAUCAACAUCUGUCCGCCGCCGAGCGUGAAAAGGGUUGGUGCCAAUACUGGGAUUCCAUCAGUAACGCACUCAAGUAUCCGCCCUCGACUCAUGAUUUCGGGAUCUCCAUUCCGCAGAAGCGAACCGCAUCGAGAGCGAUGGUCGUUGGUAUGGAACCUGCAUCCAAACGGACUGACCCUGCAUCCCUGGCGUCCUCGGCCCCUUCGGCGCCCAUUCUGGAGCGCCACAUCUCAGCGCCUGUCGGUUCGGCUCCCACAAGACAUCAACCAGGCCGGCCGUCGGUGUAUUCUUCCGCCUCGGUCCCCACCUCGACAACAAUCGGACCCAUGCCCAUUCCUCGCCGUCAAAAUGGACAACGACGAACCUCUGCGGCUGCAUCCUACCCUCAUCGGUACAACGGACCCAACCUGAACUUCAUCCAAGAAGUCCAGGACAUGUCCCCUUCCGACUUUCUCGCCCGAUCAUCGGAGGACUACCACCCCGCCACCGUCAUGUCGUUGACGCCGCCCUCAACUCAGGAGCGUGGUGAGUUGCUGACCAGCCACAUCGCUCAGCUCAUAACACCGUAUGCUUCGGCAAUAGAAUCACCCGGGGCCUAUACCCCGAUGACUGCCACGAGCGAUUCGAGUCUGAUGGCUGGAUCGACUGUCAUGUCGGAGCCGAUGACUCGGACCAAUACCAAUGAUGUUCUUUGCGAAGGCUUUGGCAUGUUUCGCAUGGACUCGGUCUCCAUGUCGAAAGUACCCAAAGCCUCUGACAUGCUUGCGUCGACCUGCCCUACAGUCCCCGACGUUGAUCAAGCGCACUUCUUUUCUUUCUCUUCCGUUGGAACCGACUCCGGUUACAACAAUGUUUCUCAUUUGUCUUUCCAUGAUGAUGAUCUUCAGUCAUCGUCUCCUUCUAGUUCUGAGAUGAAGAAUUCGCCUUCCGCUGGAAGCAAUGCUUCGUCCGUCUCUGUUUCUUCUGCUUCUCAUUUACCAACGCGGGGCCUUGCACAACAGGAAGGUCCUCGCACCACUAACAAAGUCUCCCGGCCUCUCGCCCCGAAGAUGGAGCGGUCCAGAAACGCUUCAUCGUCGGGCCUGGAGCUGCCAGAACCAAAGCUUGUGGCUAUUCAAGCCGAAGAUGGCACAGUAAAGCACAAAGCCGAAAUCACGCGCACCGUCCGCCAACAGCCUCCGCGUAAGACAACCUUUUGUGAGUUCUGCAACGAUCAACCUCAGGGCUUUCAUGGUGACCACGAACUGCGUCGACAUAUCGAGCGCCACCACAGUCAAGUUCGGCGAGUCUGGAUCUGCAAAGACGUCUCGCCCGAUGGCAACUUCUUGUCCAACUGCAAGGCCUGCCGUAACGGCAAGACGUACGGCGCCAACUACAACGCUGCCGCCCACCUGCGUCGCGCCCACUUCAACCCAUGCAAAAAUCGACGUGGUGGCCGCGGCAAGAAGAGUGAACAUCGCGGUGGCAUGGGGGGUGGAAAUCACCCUUCCAUGGAAGUACUCAAGAACUGGAUGUACGAAGAGCUGGAACUGAACGUCAAUGGCCGGGUCGUCGUGCAGAAUCUGCCUACCGAAACGACGACAUUCUCGUCCGCGGCGGUGGACGAAUUUGCGAACUCGAAUCCGGACGACAUGGACACUUCCGACUUUGAUUUCAAUGGCAACAUGUCCCAACCGGGCAUGUCCAUGGCGGGUCUUGCCCCCGACUCACUUUAUUUCGCCAACACUGGGAUGCGUGCGAACACCUACCUAGGCUCCCCAAGGCCGUUGAAUGUUGGCUACGACGCUGCCUUUCCAUACUAA